UUCGUCUUUUUAAUCAUGUAUACAAUCUUAAUUAUCCUUGUAUUGUACAGUGCCGUUGUAAACACACAGGAUUGUGACUAUUGCCGAAUAAAUGGUCGGGUAACAAGGGAUAAUACUUACUGCAAAUACUUGAAGCAAUCUCCCACCUGUCUUGAGAUUUACAGACUUGGAUCUGAUAAGACGGAGCAGCAAGCAAUUUUGGAUGGGCACAACCGGAUUAGGAGAGAUAUUGCUAAUGGAGUUGAUCCGAAUUUCAGGUAUACUGGCGCCAACAUGAUGACCCUGGAGUGGGAUGAUGAGCUAGCGCGUGGGUCAGAGUUGUGGGCAGCACAGUGUCAGUUUCAGCAUGAUAUUAAUGAUAUCUGUAGGUUUAAGGUUGGACAGAACUUAUAUAUAGAAGGGAGCCGUGGAACCCCUCAAGCAAACUGGACAAAGGCAAUGGAUAGUUGGUACACAGAGGUCUUCCAAUUUAGAGGAAACCCUGGUAAUCUGAUAUUUGCGAAUAUGCAGGGGGUUGGACACUUUACACAGAUGGUCUGGGCAGAAACCAGAUUUAUCGGAUGCGCUUUUGUAUCGUUUAAAGGAUACCUAGGAUCUACAGGGCUCAACUCAGGCUACUACAUUUGCAACUACGGACCUGCUGGGAACUAUCUGAACAGUCCUAUUAUGUUGACCGGCAAAGCCUGCUCGAAAUGUCCCCCGGACACAACCUGCCAGGACGGAUUGUGUAGUUACAGCUACCUUCCUGCAACUUCAGAACCUCCAGUCACAACCAAACUUACAACCAGUUCUAAACCAACAACUGCUACAGCUGAAUCUACUACAGAAGCAACUACCACAACAUUUCUACCAUUCCCAUUCCCAACAACAACAACCACGAGUACUACAACAACAACCACUACUACUACUACUACAACAACAACAGCAUUGUCUGGUGAGGGUAGCUGUGAUAUUGCUGCUGUUAUAAGAUACCUUCAGACCUGCUCUGGGGCUCUGUAGUCUGUAGAAGAUACUAAAUAUGUAAACUCAUAUUUUUAUGUUAUGAAAUUAAUAAUAAGUAUGUAUUACAAUCAUAUAAUUAAUUAAGUUUGUGCUUAGUAUUUAAUCACUUUAUGAAAUAAAUAUGUGAAUCUUAAAA